AUGGUGUGUAUACAGCCAAAGUUUUUUAUAUUGAAGCAAAAUAGACAGGAUGAGAUCGAAGACGCCGAAAGAUUUCUUAAGAGAGUGGAACAAGGAUUCCAGGAAAGGAAAUACGGACCUACCCCUGAAUUGAUCGAACUAAUCGAAAAAUAUAGUAGACUUGAGCGCAUAGUUAUGAACUACAACCGUCGGUUUGGCUUAAACGACGACGGUACGGACAGAGAAGGAAUGGUGGAUUUAGGUGAUGGACGCUUGAAUAGAAUGUUGUCAUUGAUUACUGGUCAGAUUAAUCAACUCAAAGACGAAAUGAAUACUAAGUUUCGGGCCAUGAAUGACAAGUUUCUGACUAUGGAUGACAAGUUUCAAGCGAUGGAUCAGAGAUUAAAAAAUAUUGAAAAGCAUCAAAUAAAUACUCAGUCAAGGUUUGAAAAUAAGUUCAAAGGGCCAGGUGGGGAUAUUGGGUCAUUUGAUGCCUAUAAGCCAAUAUCUAAUGACUUGGGACAAUUUCCCGAAGAACUUAACUUACUGAACUUGAGCUCAGAUUCCCAAAUCAAUCUGUUUAGUGCUACCAAUGUGAACAGAUACUUAAGAUUCUAUGGUUUAAGCUCUGAAGGAAACUUAUCUGCUAAAAGACUUAGGCUCUUACAAUACAUAGGAGUUAAUGUUGAGAAAACGCCUAAUCUAACUACAGUAACAGGGGUAAGGAUUUAA